AUGCAGAUAGAUAACAAACUCGCUGCUCAAUCUCUGCCCCCCACACCCCUCCAUCGUCCUGCAUAGCUUGCUGAGAUCCCCAUGGAUUUCAGCUGCUUCCAGCCCCACAUGGGGGUCUGUAGCUACCUGCCAUUCGACCCGUACAUGCAGCAAGACGGACGCUACGAGCUGCAUCCUGUUGAGCACCAUCAUCCGUUUGAAGCUAUCGGGGACUACACGCCUGCAACCUUCGACGACCUUGGACGCCAGUUGUUCUUUGCAGAGAGCAAGAAGCCCGUGUCCGGCCAUGCUUCGCCUAUCGGUCGUAGUAGAGUUGGGUCGUCUCAGCUGCCGCUGCUGACUCCCAAAGCUGAGGUUUCUCAUCUCAUGGACAUCAGUGGCCUUGCUGGAUCAUACAAGGCGUACGAGACGAACGGCAGGUUCCUGCCGAGAAAGAAGACCUCCUCGAACAAAGCCAAUGUCGUGAAAGGGCAGUGGACAGCAGAGGAAGACAGGAAGCUGGUAAAACUAGUGGAACAGUUUGGGCUGAGGAAGUGGUCCUACAUAGCACAGCUGCUGCCAGGAAGAGUGGGAAAGCAGUGCAGAGAGAGAUGGCACAACCAUUUGAGGCCGAACAUCAAGAAAGACAUCUGGAACGACGAGGAAGACAGUGUUCUGAUACAAGCGCACAAGGAGGUGGGCAACAGAUGGGCCGAGAUAGCCAAGCGGCUGCCGGGCAGGACAGAGAACUCCAUCAAGAACCACUGGAACGCAACCAAGAGGAGGCAGUUCGCACGGAGGCGGAGCCGUGCCAGCGCCUCCACCUCCAAGGGCCCUCCUAAACCAGGCAGCCUUCUGCAGAACUACAUCAAAGGCCUCGGUAUUGGCCCAGUAAUAAGCAACCGGAGCGCCGCACCGCUCCCUGAGCCUACCACACCGCCGCCGCCGCCGUCUUCGCCUGAAACUCCCGGCGGGGCGAGGUCAGCGAACCAGGCUGGUGAAACCACGCUGGAGGUGGAACGCAGCCCGUUGUGCGACGUGCUGGUGGAUUCUUCCCAGUGCACCACCGUUCUUCCUCCUACUAGCGUGCAUGGGUACGACGAGUACAGCAACUGCAGCGGCGAGUCCCACCAGUCCUGCGAGGUGCUCCUCGCCCCUAUCAUCAGCUGUGGCGACGACGCGUUCUCGGUUGGAAUGUGCGGCGCCGGCGGCGGCGGCGGCCUGUUCGACACGGACGACGCGGACGCCUUCUUGCAAGCGUACGGCGUGGCCGCCGACGACAUCGUCGACGGCAUCGGCAUGAGCUACUACGUCUUCAACGACGGCCAUGUCGACCACGCGGCCACGGUCGACGCUGAGAUCGACAUGGAGACGAUGAUGAUGAUGUGGGACGACGACGACGACUGCGCCGCCGCCCUAGGGUUAGGGUGUGCUGCUGGGCCGGCUGGUGUGGAGAGUGCUGUGCGCGUGAAGGAGGAGAUGGACCUGCAGGUGGAGACGAUGGUGGCGGCCACGCACAAGUGCGGCGAUGCACAAGAUCACUAGACGAUAUAUAAUUAAGCCCACGACCUGAGGAUGUAAGUAUAUAUAUAUAGAACACUGCGCGCGCACGACCUUUUUGGAUGAUUGAUUG